GCGUCGGUGGCGCGCGGCGCGCGGGGUGAGGGUGAGGGGUGAGAGGGGACAGACAGACAGACAGACCCACACGGACUCGGAGCGGAGGUGGCGAACAUGUGGGAGCGGGACCGGAUCUGUAGGGGGAGCAGACAGCGCUGGGGCUAAGCUGCUGAAGGAGGCCGACAUUUGCUCGAGGAUAACGGCAGCCCAGGCUCAGGCCGGACAGGCAGUCAGUCAGUCAUAUUGCCGUUGUAUAUAUAUAUAUAUAUAGUGAUUGAGUGUGAGGAGGAAGUCGUGUAACGUUUGCAGGACAUGUCUGUGGGCGGGACGACUCUCACACCGGGCGAGUUGCGGGGUAUUUACAUGUAACCCAUCCGAGAGACCGUUCGGAACCAACCUCGAAUGUAAACGGUUCAGACAUACCAGUCAUGACAACAGAGGCAUCUGCCCCCACCAAUCGUAAGCAAUUCUAUUGGCUGCGAUCCUUUACAGCAGGAGGAAUUGCAGGAUGUUGCGCCAAAUCAACAAUUGCACCGCUGGACAGAGUGAAGGUUUUACUACAGGCUCAUAGUCCUCAUUAUAAACACCUCGGAGUGUUCGCUACUCUUUGCGCUGUCCCAAAGAAAGAAGGCUUCCUUGGAUUAUAUAAAGGAAAUGGGGCCAUGAUGAUUAGAAUCUUUCCUUAUGGUGCCAUUCAGUUCAUGUCAUUUAACCAUUACAGAAAGUUUGUCAAUGAGACAAUUGGCAUAUCUGGGCACAUUCACAGAUUGAUGGCAGGAUCCAUGGCAGGGAUAACAGCAGUCUUGUGUACCUAUCCGCUUGAUGUAAUUCGAGUAAGAUUGGCAUUUCAAGUGAAGGGUGAUCAAAGGUACAAUGGAAUUAUCGAUGCUUUCAAGGUCAUUUAUACUCUGGAAGGAGGUUACAGUGGAUUUUACAGAGGCCUGAUCCCUACAAUUAUUGGAAUGGCUCCUUAUGCAGGUGUUUCAUUCUUCACUUUUGGCACCUUGAAGAGUGUUGGUCUUACUUAUGCUCCUGCCCACCUUGGAAAACCUUCAUCUGAUAAUCCCAAUGUUUUAGUAUUGAAAACUCAUGUGAACUUGCUCUGUGGUGGAAUAGCAGGAGCCUUUGCCCAAACAGUAUCCUAUCCUUUGGAUGUAGCUCGCAGACGGAUGCAGUUAGGAGCUGUGAUGGCAGAUUACGACAAACAUUGCACAAUGACCAAGACCCUGAGGCAUGUCUACCAUACACAUGGAAUCCGAAAUGGCCUUUAUCGUGGACUGUCGCUCAAUUACAUCCGUUGCAUUCCCUCACAAGCAGUGGCAUUCACUACAUAUGAAUUCAUGAAACAAUUACUUCAUCUCAACUAAGAACAUUUUCAUACCUGGUCUAUGGAGGGAGUCUGUGUAUUGAAAAAUACCACCAGAUUGCUUGUACUGGACUGUUGAAUUUCCAAACCAGGUGUUACUUAUUUUUACCCUGUGGAAAUUUUCACUGUGAAUACCGUGAUGAUGAAUGUUUGCCAUGAUCAUGUGUGAAGACCAGACUUUUUCAUUUAUUUUAUUAAACUUUUGAUCCAGACAGUGUUGGAAAAUGGGCAUUUGUGUGCUUUUUAAAUUCCUUAGAAGCCGUUGCUGCAAUAUUUGUGUGAAGCACAAACUCUUUCUUGCCCAGUCUCAGCUACCUAAGUGUCUAAUGCAAGAUGGUGAACUGUUUGCAGACCUCCCAGUGACUCUCCUCAUACCAGUUCUUGGAUGGAAGCUUGAGCUUGGGGACGCUGCAGCAAUGGAGAUGCAUGUUUUGAAAGAGACAUUAAGGUCCUUUGCCUAUUCAGCUGGACAGUAAAACUACUACAUCUACAAUAUUUUCAAAAUAUAGAACAGCUUAUUGCGGUGCCUGUCUUAACAGUCCUCCAGAUUAAUUCACCUAUCUGUCUGUGAAACCAUACUGGUACAAAUGGCUGUUUGCUGACAAAAAAUUUCUACAAUUGACCUUAUUAUCUGUGAAGAUCUUUUAAGAUGCUGUCAUGCUGCACUAUGAAAAUGCAAUUUUUUUUUACCCAUAAUGGUGAAUGAUUGGCCUGAACCCAGUUCCACCAUUUAAUGGUCCCAUUUGGCUGUGGCUCACUAUUUAAGUAACUAAGAUGGAUUGAACAGAUUUUCUAAGGCCACGUGGCUUGGAUGAGGUAAACCAAUUUUAUGUGAGCACUAAAGUAAUCUGAUGAGAAAUCUUGAGCUCUGAAGUUUAGUUCCUCCCCAAUCCUCUAUUUCGCCCACAAAAUCUUUUAAAGGACUGGGACAGGCAUGAUGCUCUGAAUGGCCUUCGAUGCUGGAAGAUUCUAUAACUUCACCCAGACCUGUACAGUUUGUAUUUGACAACCUAGUUAACAGCCAGACAUUGUGAAACUAGAAAUAACUCAAGGUGACAAUUUGUAUUUCUGGUAAUCCCCACAAUAGAUUGUUUAUUUUAGUGUGGAGUACAAGUGGUAUGUUUUUUCCUGUGAGACACGCUCUAUUCUGAAACAAAAGCAGAAGCGGCUGGGAACACUUAGCAGGUCAGACACCCGAAUUCUCACGAAAGGUCGUUGCCCUGAAACAUUAACGCACUUUCCUCUCUCCAUAGAUGCUGCCUGAUCCACUUAGUGUUUCCAGCGACUUGUGUUUUUAUUUCAGAUUUCCAGCAUCUACAAUAUUUUGCCUUUUGUUUUAUGCAGUAUUCUGAUGUCUGUUUUAUUCCAUAAAGGUCUUUUUUAGCAUUUCCAUAAAGAUCAA